AUGGACUUCAUCCACAAGCUCAAGCACGGCGACGAGGAAGAGGAGAAGAAGCCUCACUCUGAAAACCACGAGCGUGAAGAGCGAGAGAGCCACGACUCUCACGAUGCCGCCAAGCACCACCCCGCCGCUGAGCACGAAGAGAAGAAGGAGGGCGGCUUCUUGAGCAAGCUCACCGGUCACGGCAACGACGCCAAGCACGAGUCCCCCGAGGCCGAGAACCGCCGCUACAAAGAGGAAGAAAAGGAAGAAAAGGCCAGCUUCUUCGACAAGCUGACUGGCAAGGAUGAGGACAGGAAGCGCGAGGCCGAACUUCGUCGCAGAGAGGAAGAGGCGCGCCUCGAACUCGAGAGGAUAGAGCGGGAGAGGCGGGAGAACGAGAGCUUUCUUGACAAGCUUAAGCACAAGGGCCAUGACGACGACGAGUCCAAGGAGCGUCGUCCGAGCAACUCUCACGGCGAGGAGAAGCGUAGCUUCCUCGACAAGCUGACCGGUAAGGAGGACGAGGAGAGGGGAUCAAGGAGCCGCGGCCACAGCAGAUCUGGGUCGAGAGAUUCCAGGGGCCGUCGUCACAGCAAGUCGGAAGAGGAGGAUAAGCACAACUUCCUCGACAGGUUCACCAGCAAGGAUGACGAGAAAGAAUCGAAGAGCCGUGGCCACAGCAGGUCCCGGUCGAGGGAUUCCAGAGGCCACGGUCAUAGCAAGUCCGGAGAGGAAAAGCCCAGCUUCUUCGACAAGAUCAGCGGCAAGGCUGCCGAGGAGGAGCGCCGCCGGAGAGAGGAAGAGGAGAAGGGCAGCUUUGCAAAGAUGAAGGAUCAUCUCAACGAGAAGAUGGGCGGUGGCCGCAAAGCAGAGGAACAGGAGGACCUGCUCGAUAAGAUCCGUCUCAUCAUUUACCUCUUGCUGAUUAUUGUCAUCGCAGCCAUCGACAAGUUCCAGGAGCACGUCCUCAGGAAGGGAACCCAGAGCAACGAGAGCGCCUGGGAGCAGGCGAAGGACCGUAAGAUUGCCGAUGCUAUCCGCCAUCAAUACAAGAAGAGCACUGGCCACGAGUUCCCUGUUCAUGAGAAGAAAUGA